ACACUCCGGCGCUGGCCGCUCUCGGUCGGCGACAGAGCAAGUUCUGGGCGCUCAUCUGUCGGUCGGUCCAGAGAGUUUUCGGGUCCGCGGCCCCGGGAUGGGGCUGGCCUCGCUGUCACCACUGGGACUCUUCCUCUCCGCUCUCUGGAGUGGAGCUAUUGCUGAGGCAAGGGAAGAACCUUUCCCAGGGAGCCUGCAAGUCGACCACACGCCAUUUUCCUUUCCUCACACCAGUGGGUACCAGCCGGCCUUGGUGUUUCCAUCAGCGCAGCCUGGAAGACCGCAGACAGGAAAUGCAGCCAUUGCCCGCGUGACCUCCGCCGGGUCAAAGCUUCUCCCGCCUCUUGCGUUCAAUCACACGGUUGGACACAUAAUACUUUCUGAACAUAAAGAUGUCAAAUUUAAUUGCUCAAUCAAAGUACCUAAUAUGUACCAGGACACUCCAAUUGCUUGGUGGAAAGAUGGGAAGGAAUUGCUUGGGGCACAUCACACAAUUACGCAGUUUUACCCAGAUGAUGAAGUCACAGCUAUAAUUGCUUCCUUCAGCAUAACCAGUGUGCAGCGUUCAGACAAUGGGACGUAUAUCUGUAAGAUGAAAAUAAACAAUGAAGAGAUCGUGUCUGACCCAAUCUACGUGGAGGUACAAGGGCUUCCUCACUUCACUAAGCAGCCCGAGAGCAUGAAUGUCACCAGAAACACAGCUUUCAACCUCACCUGUCAGGCUGUGGGCCCACCUGAGCCGGUCAACAUCUUCUGGGUUCAAAACAGCAGUCGUGUUAACGAACUGCCUGAAACAUCCCCUUCUGUCUUAACUGUUCCAGGUCUGACCGAGACAGCAGUCUUCAGCUGUGAGGCCCACAAUGACAAAGGGCUGACGGUCUCCAAAGGCGUGCAGAUCAACAUCAAAGCCCUUCCCGCCCCGCCUGCUGAAGUCAGUGUCCACAGCAGAACCGCACACAGCAUCCUGAUCUCCUGGGUCCCAGGUUUUGAUGGAUAUUCUCCAUUCAGGAAUUGCAGCAUUCAGGUCAAGGAAACUGAUCCGCUGAGUAAUGGCUCCGUCAUGAUUUUUAACACCUCUGCUUCACCACAUCUGUAUCAAAUUGAGCAGCUGCAAGCCCUGGCUGAUUACAGCAUUGCCGUGUCCUGCAUGAAUGAAAUAGGCUGGUCCACAGUGAGCCCUUGGAUUCAGGCCAGCACCACUGAAGGAGCCCCAUCAGUAGCACCUUUAAACGUCACUGUGUUCCUGAAUGAAUCCAGUAAUAGCGUGGACAUCAGAUGGAUGAAGCCUCCAGUUCAGCGGCAGGAUGGGGAACUAGUGGGCUACCAGAUAUCUCACGUGUGGCAGAGUGCAGGGACUUCUAAAGAGUUCUUGGAAGAAGUCGGCCAAAAUGGCAGCCAUGCCCAGAUUUCUGUUCAAGCUCACAAUGCCACAUGCACAGUGAGGAUUGCAGCCGUCACAAGAGGGGGCGUCGGACCUUUCAGUGACCCUGUGCAAAUAUUUAUCCCUGCCUACGGCUGGGUAGAAUAUGCCCCCUCAUCCACCCCGGCGCCUGGCAACACGGAUCCUGUGCUCAUCGUCCUUGGCUGCUUUUGUGGAUUUAUUUUGAUUGGGCUGGUUUUAUAUAUAUCUAUGGCUAUCAGAAAGAGAGUCCAGGAGACAAAGUUUGGGAGCGCGUUCACAGAGGAGGAUUCUGAACUGGUUGUAAACUACAUAGCAAAAAAGUCCUUCUGUCGGCGAGCCAUCGAACUUACCUUGCAUAGCUUGGGAGUCAGCGAGGAACUACAAAAUAAACUAGAAGAUGUUGUGAUUGACAGGAAUCUUCUAAUUCUUGGAAAAAUUCUGGGCGAAGGAGAGUUUGGGUCAGUCAUGGAAGGAAAUCUUAAACAGCCAGAUGGAAGCUCUCAGAAAGUGGCAGUGAAGACCAUGAAGUUGGACAACUUUUCACAGCGGGAGAUCGAAGAGUUUCUCAGUGAGGCGGCAUGCAUGAAGGACUUCAGCCACCCAAAUGUCAUCCGACUUCUAGGUGUAUGUAUAGAAAUGAGCUCUCAAGGCAUUCCAAAGCCCAUGGUGAUUUUGCCCUUCAUGAAGUAUGGGGAUCUGCACACUUACCUGCUUUAUUCCCGGCUGGAUACAGGACCAAAGCAUAUUCCUCUGCAGACAUUGCUGAAGUUCAUGGUGGAUAUUGCCCUGGGAAUGGAGUAUCUGAGCAACAGGAAUUUUCUUCAUCGAGAUUUAGCGGCUCGAAACUGCAUGUUGCGAGAUGACAUGACUGUCUGCGUCGCGGACUUUGGCCUCUCUAAGAAGAUCUACAGUGGUGAUUACUACCGCCAAGGCCGCAUCGCUAAGAUGCCUGUGAAGUGGAUUGCCAUAGAGAGUCUGGCAGACCGAGUCUACACUAGCAAGAGUGACGUGUGGGCAUUUGGCGUGACCAUGUGGGAAAUAGCGACCCGGGGAAUGACGCCCUACCCCGGAGUCCAGAACCAUGAGAUGUAUGACUAUCUCCUCCACGGACACAGGCUGAAGCAGCCCGAGGACUGCCUGGAUGAACUGUAUGAAAUAAUGUACUCGUGCUGGAGGUCCGACCCCCUGGACCGACCCACCUUUUCUGUGUUGAGGCUGCAGCUAGAAAAGCUCUUAGAAAGUCUGCCUGCUGUUCAAGACAAAGCGGAUGUCAUUUACAUCAACACGCAGUUGCUGGAGGACUGCGAGGGCCUGGCCGAGGGCCCUGCCCUUGCGCGUUUGGACAUGAACAUCGAUCCAGACUCUAUAAUUGCUUCUUGCACGCCCGGCGCUGCCAUCAGCGUGGUCACGGCAGAAGUGCACGAGAACAGGCCUCACGAAGAGAGGUACAUCCUGAACGGAGGCAGCGAGGAGUGGGACGAUCUGGCUUCUGCCCCGUCCGCCGCGGUCACAGCUGGAAAUGGUGUUCUACUGGAGGACAGACUUGGUAGGAAUGGGGUGUCCUGGUCCCAUGCUAGCACCCUACCCUUGGAGAGCCCAUCGCAGGACGAACUGUUGUUUGCCGACGACAUCUCAGAAGACUCUGAAGUUCUGAUGUGAGGAACGCAGAGAGGGGACAUUCCAAAACCAAGUGCUAGGUCGUUGGGAAAGCCAUGACAUAUUUUUGUAUGUUUUUCUAUGUAAAAGUGGGUCGUGACUUUUCCGACGACCCAAUGAAUUCUCCUGCUUUAGGAGAACCCAAUUCAGCCUGUGUUUCUGGUAUUUGUUUUCCUCACCAAGUAAACUCCAUGAACCCAAAGCACCAGGUGAAUGUUGUCAAGUAAGUCAUCAUUAAAAUUGCAUAAUAUAUAUUUAUUUAAGGAGGAAAAUAUAUGUGUAUAUGGUGGAAAGAGACAGAAUAUUAUAUUUUAAUAAAAGAUGACUUAUUUUCAUGUCACUGAUCUUGCACAUCUUAGAAUUUAAGCUUUAGUGGUUUCUGAAAUUAACGUUUGUACAGAGUCACAGUUGUUUUUUAAAGUUCUCUUCUUUUUUGUGACUAUUAAAUGUAAAAAGAUUUGUAGAAUGAAAUGCUGCCUUUGACUUCACUUCUGAUCUGCCUGCAAAAUCUGACAUUCCUGCGUGAGUCUUGUAUGUGAUAGAAUGAUUCAUUCGAUAUUUAAAGUUUUAUAACUGCUUCAUUUUCUGACAUGACUUCCUAAUAAAAUACGAAUGAGGAAGAA